GAGCUCUAUGACACCUCUGACUUAUCCAAGCAUGUUACGAUAGCGUUAAUACGUCUUGUACAUCGCUGCGGUUGCCUUUACCCUUUUAUAUAUCAUGGCCUCCAUAGGACGUCCAUUGGCGCUGCGGCGUAACAUUUGCGCUUCAUGUGCAAAGUCAUGGAACAGAGCAAGAUUUGGCCUUCAGAACAGCGAUCGGAUACAGCGACGAUACAAGUACUACAUAGCACCAGAAGGGGAGCAAGCUAGGCCAAUAACAGGCUUCUAUGCAGAAAUGCUAAAGAAGGCCCCUUCACAAGCCCCAACUGUCUCGAACGAUACGUCGAACGACAGAGCUCCUCCCGCCCCUCCGACUCCGCAGUCUACGGAUUCUCCCAAAUCUCAGAAGGAGAUCACACUCGAGCGAGCCCGCACUGUUUUUGGGUCGAAGCCGGGUGUAAGAGAACGGAGAAUAGAGAUAGAUGCUGCCUCAAAGGAAGUUGCAGGCAUACGUGUGCCUCCAAAGCCAACAGAGCCGGACAAUUGCUGCAUGUCUGGGUGCGUGAACUGCGUAUGGGACAUGUAUCGUGACGAGAUGGAAGAGUGGGCGGGGCAGAGCGCUAAAGCAAGAGCCGCGAUACAGGCUAAGAGAGAGCAGGCUGAGAGUAGUGGGAGCAUGGUGGCCGAGCAGGGCAGUCCAAACCAUGUUGCUGUCAGUAUGGACGAUGAUGGUGGACGUAGCGAAACAAACUGGACUGAGGGUGCGGGCGAGAGCAAGCUGUUCGAUGAUAUACCUGUGGGUAUAAGAGAGUUCAUGAAGACAGAGAAGAAGUUGAAGCAGCGGCACAAGGCGGAGGAGAUCCCAACCUGAGUAGAGCAUGCUUGCGCAUAUACCCUUGAAAGCAAUUACGUCCUCCUUCCGCA